AUAACUCCCAUUCGCAAUCAGUCAGCCCAACACCUACGACAUGAACUCGGCUACAAUAAUAAUUGCCAUUAUCCUGCUCCUGCCAGCCAGCCAGCAAAGCUCGGAUGGUUUGGAACGCAAGGUGCUGUCGUAUAAUCCCACCUAUGAAUUUUGGUUUUUCAUGCCAACUGGCAGGCCCGACCAUGUUUCUAAGAAUGUGGAGGAGGCCUAUUGGGCUGCCCGAACAAAAGGAGGUGUUUGCUAUACAAACGUUUGGUUCUACUGCAAAACUGGCAUCAAAAUAGAGGAGUAAAUUGCUUAAGAGGAGGAAAAAUACCAUGACAUUGGGGAUUUGUCACACUUAACGGACCUUGAAAA